AUGGGCGUUCCUAAAGAAGAAAUAAAAUUACUUUCUUGUCACUGCUCUGAUGCUGGAUUAUUAUCAUACACUUUAUCUCCUGAUGAUAAAAAAAACGAGAUUAUUGGAAUAUUUAUGGAUAAAAUUCAUGGAAAACCAACUUUAGUUUCAUAUAAUGAACAAGUAAUUGGAAAAGAAAACAAUAAUAUUAAAACUGCAAAAGAAGUAUUUUACGAAAAUCAACAAAAUUCUCUAAAAAAGCCAUUAAAUUUAACUGACAUAAAUCAACAAUUAGAAAUUUUAAUGAAUAUUGAUUAA